AUAUGUUCGAAAUUUAGAUUUAAACAAUUCCUAAUGUGAUACUACUCUGCUUGCUCACCAUAAUCCCGGAGAUUGAUUUUAAAGUACGAAACUCCAAUCUUUCUCCUUCCUCCCGGUUCCACCUUUGCUCUCAUAAGCUACAAGCGGAGGGAUGACCGUGACUUCCAAUCCGCCCCCUUCACCUUCUUUCCCUCCGUCUUUCCAGCCCUCCUCCACCCUGUCUUCCAACCCGUGGAACCGCAACCCCUCCGGUCCUCUUCCCGCCCACCUCAUGGGCGGGUCUUCCUCCUGGCCCCCUCUCCCCUCCUCCUCCUCCCAGAUCCGCGCCGCCGUCACCACCACAGCCGUGGCCACCGCGGAGCAAACCCCGGACGAAACCUCUUCAAUGGAGGUGAUCGAUCCCCCAUCAAUACCAGCCGCCGAGCUGAGCUCCGAUCCUUUGCCAGAAUCAACCCCUGAGCCUGAUCCUUUGCCAGAAUCAACCCCUGAGCCCGACCCAGCACCUGCGCAGAGACCGACUGCGCCGUCGGCAGAAUUCGAUGCGACGCCGAGACCCUCCGCUCCGCGGCGGCGGGGGCCCAACCAUGCUCCCCCGAACCACCAUCGAGGCAGGAAUCACCGGCCUCAGCACGGGAGAGGAAGCCGCGCCCCCUUCUUCCCCGGCGGCAAUGGCGGGAAUUUUAAUCUCCCACCAGCCCCCAAUUGGAACGGAGGUUUCGGCUUCGGCCAAAUGUGGCCACCGCCCCAGCCCAUGGGAUUCCCCCCUGGUGUUCCCCUCCCCAGUGGUCCCCCUCUAAAUUAUUAUGAUGUCAAUUUGCCUCCAAUUCCUAUGCCUCUGCCUUACUAUGUCGGUUCCUUCUAUCCAGAGUUGAGCAGUCCUUUUUAUAACUUUCCUUAUGCGCCGCCCGGUUCUCUGCCUCUCGGUGCAGUACCUGUUGGUCACCAUGCGCC